GGCGGCGGCGGCGGCGCCGCUGAGCGCCGGGAGAGCCCCGAGGGGCGGCGGGGGCUUCCCGCACCCCUUCCCCUUCCCUCAUAUCCCCCUCCCCUUUUCCCCCUGACCCCCCCCUCCCCGCGCCCUUCCCCGCUGCGCCGUCCAUGGUUACGGGCGGCCGCCGCGGCCUCGCAGCGGAGCCGUUUGGGCGGGAGCCGGCGAGGGAGCAGCGGCCGCAGGGCACAUCGAGAAUAAUCAUCAGCCUUGACAAGGAUUGGUUGAGUGCUCCUCAUCCUCCUGGUUUGGUAUUAAUUGGGAAAAGCUUUGGCUGUCACGUUGGGGAGGUGCAGAGGUGAAUGAACGUCCCUCUCAAGGGGGCAGCACUGGAAGAACCUUUAUGGGCUCCUAAUGACGUGCAGGUGGAUGAUUGACCGAUGAUAAUUAAGGUCAACAUGGAUUUGUGGUUCUUUCUCCUUUUGCUCGGAAGUGGCCUGAUAAGUGUAGGUGCUAACAACGUUACAACAGAGCCACCUCCCACCUCAGUGCCCACCUCCCCCAGGAGCCCCACCACAGCUCCUACAGCAGGUCCUAAGGAUGGGACCACACCCAACACAAACAGACUCAACAUGAGCACUCCAGGGACUGUUCCUACCACAGCACCAAAACUUCAUCCGACCACAGCCUCCCCCAAUGCCACCACUGGCAGCCUCAACAUCUCCUCCACCCUGGGGACAACUGUGCCUGUGCCUCCAGCCCCAUCCCUGCUCCCCAGCGUGACGCCCGAGGCUCCACGCUCCACUGUCCCCAGCACGGAGGCGGAGACGACGGAGAGGAAUUUCAGCAUGGUGGUGACAACACAGGAGACCUCUUCUGCCUCCCACAAUGGUAACUCUGACAGAAGAGAUGAGACUCCCAUUAUAGCUGUGAUGGUGGCCCUGUCCUCCCUCCUAGUCAUAGUAUUUAUUAUUAUUGUUCUGUACAUGUUGAGGUUCAAGAAAUACAAGCAGGCAGGGAGCCACUCCAACUCCUUCCGUCUGUCCAACGGCCGCACCGACGACACAGAGCCUCAGAGCAUGCCCCUGCUCGCCCGCUCCCCCAGCACCAACCGCAAGUACCCCCCCCUGCCCGUGGACAAGCUGGAGGAGGAGAUCAAUCGCCGCAUGGCCGAUGACAACAAGCUCUUUCGGGAGGAGUUCAACGCUCUCCCAGCGUGUCCCAUACAGGCCACGUGUGAAGCUGCUUCCAAGGAGGAGAACAAGGAGAAGAACAGAUAUGUGAACAUUUUGCCCUAUGAUCAUUCCAGGGUUCACCUGACUCCCGUGGAAGGGGUCCCUGACUCCGACUACAUCAAUGCCUCCUUCAUUAAUGGGUACCAAGAGAAAAACAAGUUCAUUGCUGCACAAGGACCAAAGGAAGAAACAGUGAACGAUUUUUGGAGAAUGAUUUGGGAGCAAAACACAGCGACCAUUGUCAUGGUGACCAACCUGAAGGAGAGGAAGGAGUGUAAAUGUGCUCAGUACUGGCCAGAUCAGGGCUGCUGGACCUACGGGAACAUCCGAGUGUCCGUGGAGGACGUGACCGUGCUGGUGGAUUACACCGUGCGCAAGUUCUGCAUCCAGCAGGUGGGAGAUGUCACAAACAAGAAGCCUCAGCGCUUGGUGACCCAGUUCCACUUCACCAGCUGGCCUGACUUUGGGGUGCCCUUCACCCCCAUUGGGAUGCUGAAAUUCCUGAAGAAGGUGAAGACCUGCAAUCCCCAAUAUGCAGGAGCCAUAGUGGUGCACUGCAGUGCCGGGGUGGGACGCACGGGCACUUUCAUCGUCAUCGAUGCCAUGCUGGACAUGAUGCACACGGAGAGGAAGGUGGACGUUUACGGCUUCGUGAGCCGCAUCCGGGCUCAGCGCUGCCAGAUGGUACAGACAGAUAUGCAGUAUGUGUUCAUAUACCAAGCACUUCUGGAGCAUUAUCUUUAUGGUGACACAGAGCUGGAGGUGACCUCAUUAGAGAUCCACCUCCAGAAGAUCUACAACAAAGUGCCAGGGACCAGCAGCAACGGGCUGGAGGAGGAGUUCAAGAAACUCACUUCAAUCAAAAUCCAGAAUGACAAGAUGAGAACGGGCAAUUUGCCAGCCAACAUGAAGAAGAACAGGGUGCUUCAGAUAAUUCCAUAUGAGUUCAAUCGAGUAAUCAUUCCAGUGAAGAGAGGGGAAGAGAACACAGACUAUGUAAACGCUUCCUUCAUUGAUGGUUAUCGCCAGAAGGAUUCCUACAUCGCCAGCCAAGGGCCCCUGCAGCACACGAUAGAGGACUUCUGGAGGAUGAUCUGGGAGUGGAAAUCCUGCUCCAUAGUGAUGCUGACAGAGCUGGAGGAGAGAGGCCAGGAGAAGUGUGCCCAGUACUGGCCCUCUGACGGCUCCGUGUCCUAUGGGGACAUCACAGUAGAGCUGAAGAAGGAGGAGGAGUGUGAGAGCUACACAGUGAGGGACCUGCUGGUGACCAACACCAGGGAAAACAAGAGCAGACAGAUCCGACAGUUCCACUUCCACGGCUGGCCAGAAGUUGGGAUCCCUGGGGAUGGCAAGGGGAUGAUCAACAUCAUUGCAGCAGUGCAGAAACAGCAGCAGCAGUCUGGCAACCACCCCAUCACUGUGCACUGCAGUGCUGGAGCAGGAAGAACGGGCACCUUCUGUGCACUGAGCACUGUCCUGGAGAGGGUGAAGGCAGAGGCGAUCCUCGAUGUCUUUCAGACAGUCAAGAGUUUAAGACUACAGAGGCCACACAUGGUGCAGACACUGGAACAGUACGAAUUCUGCUACAAGGUGGUGCAGGAAUACAUCGACGCCUUCUCAGACUACGCCAACUUCAAGUGAAGAAAAACAGGAACAAAAAAUCCACACCCACCCCCCCCAAAACAAAUGACAGAAGAGUUGCCUUCUUUAAUAUUUUGUAAUAUUCUGUUUGUUAAUAUACCCCCCCAAACAAAAAAACUAUGUGUAUAUAUCUUAACUGUUUUAGAGGUUGGUACCAUAAGCUUCAUAUUAGCUGGAGAUUUUAUAUGUAGCAAAGUGUUAGUGCAGAUACUGUUGGCUCCUUUUUUUCCAAUGUUUUAUUGGGGAAUUAAAUAGCGUGAUGUUUGGAUUAA